AUCACGUGGCCGGCUCCGGGCGCGGCGCUUGUUUUGGUUUCCGUAUAGCUUACCCAAGGCUGCUAGGUGAGCGGCUUUCUAGUGCCGGCUGUGGCGUCUGCAGACAUUUGACCAUCUCGACUUUGGGCUCGCUCAGCCUGCAGCUCUGCGAGCCCCUCGGAGCGGGCCGGCUCCUGCCAUGCCGGUGGUGCGCUACAGGAAGGUGGUCCUCCUAGGAUACCGCUCUGUAGGGAAGACAUCUUUGGCACAUCAAUUUAUGGAGGGCAAAUUCCUGGAAGACUAUGACCCCACAGUGGAGAAUACUUACAGCAAGAUAAUGACUCUUGGCAAAGAUGAAUUUCACCUCCACCUGGAGGAUACAGCAGGGCAGGAUGAGUACAGCAUUCUGCCCUAUUCACUGGUUAUCGGGGUCCAUGGUUAUGUGCUUGUGUAUUCUGUCACUUCUCUGCAUAGUUUCCAAAUCAUUGAGAGCCUAUACCAAAAGCUACAUGAAGUCCACGGGAAAAUUCGGCUGCCAGUGGUGCUAGUAGGGAAUAAGGCAGAUCUCUCACUGGAAAGGGAAGUCCAGGCAGUUGAAGGGAAGAAAUUGGCAGAAUCCUGGGGUGCAAUAUAUAUGGAAUCAUCUGCUCGAAAGAAUCAGAUGACUCAUGCCGUCUUCACCAAAAUCAUCCAGGAGAUUUCCCGGGUGGAAAAUUCCUAUGGACAAAAGUGCCACUGCCGUCUCAUGUGAGGCCUCGGAUCCAGGCAGCCACUUUGAUUUUGCCCCUGGCCCUGGCAGGGCAGAACCUCAGGACUGCUAUGACAGCUGACUGUUCCCAGCCUUCUGGGCACAAAGUAGUACUCUCAUAUUUGCACACUUUGUCUGGGCUCCAGUAGCCUGGUUGUCAAUGUUUACAAUGGGGCAAGGAUGUCGCAUAGGCACCGACCCCGACCCCCAACCCUGCUUUCUUUCUUCCUUUCCUCCUCCAUUCCUUCCUUCCUCCCUUCUUCUUCUUCUCCUCCUCCUCCUCCUCCACCUUCUCCUCCUCCUCCUUCUCCUCCUCUUCCUCCUCCUCCUUCUCCUCCUCUUCCUCCUCCUCCUCCUCCUCCUCCUCCUCCUUCUCCUUUUUUCUUCUUAAAUGAGUUGUUAUAACCCGCAGGGCUCGGAUAUGAAUCCUGGCCAUUGUUUAUUCAGGACCCAAUCUCAUGUAGUUUUGGGUGUUGGUGGGGUGAUGGGGAGCUGAGUACUCCUGAGUGGAGCUGGCUACGUGGGGUGAUAAUGUAUAUAUGCAAAUAAACUGAGUAAUCUUUUUGCCA